GAAUAAAUCCAACAACAAUUUCCAAUAGGUUCAAUAAUUCAAUAAAAAUACCGUAUAGAUGAAAAGCUAGGUAAUGGUUCAUUUGGUACCAUAUACCGUAUAUAAAACAUUGAAACAUAAGAAACAUUAGCCAUGAAACUUGAAAAAAGGCAAUAAAAUCAGUCCAGUAUGUUAGUUCGCGAAAUAAAAGUAAUGCAAGAAUUAAAAUUAGAAAAGGGUUUUCCCCGUUUAUAAUUUUAUAGUAAAGAAUAUGACUAUAAUUUUAUAAUAAUGACCUAUUUAGGUAAAAACCUUGAUAUUCUAUUAAGGAAAUGCGGUGGAGUUUUUUCCCUUUAAACUGUUUUAAAUAUCGCUGAUUAAUCACUUUCCCGUUUUGAGUCUCUACACUCUAAAAACCUCCUCCAUAGAGAUAUUAAGCCUGAUAAUUUUGUUAUUGGAGUCAAAGAAAACUACAAUGUAAUCCAUUUAAUAGAUUUCGGCUUAGCAAAGUACUACCAAAAUGCCAAUAAGCAGCAUAUUAAAUUAACUGAAAAUAAAGGUAUGAUUGGAACAGCUAGAUAUGCCUCUUUAAAUGCCCAUUUAGGCUUGGAAUAAUCACGAAGGGAUGACUUAGAAUCUUUGGGGUAUAUUCUAGUCUAUUUUUUAAAGGGAGAGUUGCCUUGGUAGAACAUAAGAAGCGAAAGUAAGGAAAAAAAAUACGAGUUAAUCAAAUAAAUGAAAUCUUCGAUUAGUGUAGAUAUUUUAUGUGAGAAUCUUCCUUAGGAAUUUUCGUAAUUUUUUAAAUACGUAAAAAAUUUAAAAUUCGAAGAAGAACCGAAUUAUGCCUUUUUAAAAAGCCUUUUCAAAAAAAUCCAUUUAGAAAAAAAAUACAACUCAAGUUCCGUAGACUGGGAAAUUCUUCCCGAGUACAGACAUAAAAGAUAGAUUGCAUUAUUCCAUGGAAUGGGCGAUUAAUGUAUAAAUCCUGGUUUGAGAUCAUUUACAUAAUAAAUUUAAACCUAAUUACCUAAUACUUACGUAAAAUGUAUUGAAAUUGCUUACGGUGCCAGCUCUAGUAUAUUAAUGAGUUUUGAUAAAUAACUUACAGAGGCCUGUAAUUUAAUCAAAUCUGAUUAAAAAUUUUAAAAUUAGACAAUAAGUACUUUAGGAUUAUCCCAAGGAGGUCUUUUAGCAAGAGGAAUAGCCCAAAAAUGUGAUUUUGGUGGAAAAGUAGCCAGAAUAAUAUCUAUAGGAGGUCCUUAAAUGGGUGUAGCGACCAUACCAAGGUGUCAUUCAAGUAUUUUUUGUAAAAUAAUAAACUUAGUCAUAAAAAAGGUUAUAUAUACAAAAGAAAUUCAAGAAAAGAUAGGCCCAGCAGGUUAUUUUAAGGACCCUUAAAAUUAUGAAAAAUACUUAAAAAAUUCAAUAUUUUUACCUGAUUUAAAUAACGAAAGAAAUUUCGAUUUAAAAUAAAAGGAAAAUAUCUUAAAUAUAGAAAAAUUACAACUUACAAUGUUUUCGAAAGAUAAGAUAAUAGAUCCGAAAGAAACAUCUUUUUUUGCCUUUUAUGCAAAAGAUGGUAAAACUUUAAUAAAUAUGAAAGAUUCUAUAUUAUAUAAGAAUGAUCUUAUAGGAUUAUAAUAAUUAGAUAAAGAGGGAAAAAUUGAAUUUGUAACAAUAAAUGGAGAUCAUUUAAAAUUUACUAAAGAUGAUAUUAUCAAAUAUUAUAUACCAGCCUUAAAGUGA